CACCAGCUCCAAUUCAACCAAGUCGCAACUACUUGACACCGCCCCCCUCUUCCCAUAAAAAGCCAGACACUCCCUCUUCUGAGUCUGAAGGGAAGAAACCAGGCACUAAACCACAUCAGGGUCGCCGCCCCACCAACACCACCUUACUGACUAAGGAGCAAUUCCUGAAAAGAAUGACCCAGAAUAUCUCAUCCAAACUGUCCCCAUACAACGGGACCCUCCUUGAGCGGCUCGAGAGCUACCUCCGGGCCACCAAUUUCCCUCUCCGAGGCAACCAGACGAUCCAGAGCGUGGCCAGGGACAUCUACCUCUACCUCAAACGGAUGAAGCCCAUCGAAUUUCAAGAGAAGGUUGAAGAACGUCUUGUCCAAGAAACCAGCAACUUGUCUCUGAAAAGGGAAUUCCCAAUAACCGAAGCAGAUGGUGUCUACUCAGAUGGAUACCUCCGUCCGGACCAUGCCAAGCCAGCGGUGGUGACCAGCUCCCCAGACCACAUUGAGGUGUCUUUGGACAGCGUGAGGGGCAUUUCUGACCAUGUGGUCAUCCGCUACCGAAACAUGGUGACUGGAGAAAGAAAGGAGUUAAUAGUCCCUGGAGAUGCUUCCACAGCAACCAUCACCGGAUUGUCACCUGGAACAACCUACUUGAUGGAAAUUCAUGGUGUCAUGAAGGGACAUUCCUCUAAGUCCUACUCCUUUAUAACUGCCACAGCUCCAAGUUCACCAACAAAUGACAAGAUCCAAACGAUCGUCACACUCCAUGCAACUCCCGAAGGUCCACUGAAGAACCUACAAGUGACCGAACUCUCUCCAAACCAGCUCCGUGUGACAUGGUCAGCCCCACCCAAUUUCUUCCAUAAGUUUUUCCUCUACUAUAGGGAUCCCAGAUCUGGGGCACCUCCCAAAAAAAUCAGCAUUCCAGGGACAGAGAGAAGUGUCGACUUAACGGAUUUGCACCCUGGGACGGAGUAUGAAAUGGAGUUGCAUGGAGAGAGACCUGGUGGAAGCUACAGCACCCCCUUCUCAACAAAAAUAAUUACAGAAUCCGAUAGCACAGGAAAAGCUCCUCCUAUUUUUAAAGACAUUUCUGCCACUGUGACCAGCAAUUCUGCCCACUUGUCCUGGACAGUCUCCUCUGGGAACUUUGAUUCCUUUUUAAUCCAAUACAAGGAUGCCGAGGGAAGACUCCAAGAGCUUUUCACUGAGGGAGAUUCCCAUGAAAUCACUAUCCCCAAUCUGGCUCCUUCCCACAGAUAUACAAUAGAUCUCUAUGGCAUCUCCAGCCAGGGACGUCUGGGUCCUGCCUCUAUAACUUUCAUCACAGGAUCAGAGGAGGAUGUGUCCGUCCACAAAACUGUCCUCAGGGAUCUGGCCGUAUCAGAGGUGACCAGCAACUCUGCCCAUCUUACAUGGAGUGUCCCUUCAGGCCGAUUCAAUUCCUUUUCGCUCCAGUAUCAAGACUCAGAAGGCAACGAUCAAGAGUUGCAUGUGGACGGCGAUUCCCGCGAAGUCAUUAUUCCCAAUUUGGUUCCCUCCCAAAGAUACAGAUUCAACCUCUACGGCAUUUUGGGGACACAGCGCCUUGGGCCUCUCUUUGCAGAUGCUGUGACAGCCACCACAGAGGAGACCAUUUCUAUCCAACCCAGCCUGGGGGAGUUCUCUAUCCUGGAUGUCACAAGCAAUUCUGUCCAUCUCUACUGGACCGUCCCCACAGGAAACUUCGACUCCUUCCUCGUUCAGUACAAGGAUGCAGAUGGCCAACCCCAAGCCCUGCCUGUGGAGGGAGACUUCAAUGAAGUCAUAGUGACCAACCUGGUUCCUUCGCGUAGAUACAAGUUCAACCUUUAUGGAAUCUCUGGGCGUAAACGCUCCAGCCCACUCUCCACCGAUGCCACCACAGCCCAUCCUAGAGAUGCAAGGCAGCCAAUUACUGUCCAGCCCAGCCUGGGGAACGUCUCAGUUGUGGAUGUCACAAGCACUUCUCUCCGUCUCCAUUGGACCGUCUCCACCGGGAACUUUGACUCCUUCUUGAUCCAGUACAAGGAUGCAGAGGGACAACCCCAAGCGUUGCCUGUAGAGGGAGACUCCCGCGAAGUCACUGUGACCAAUCUGGCUCCUUCACACAGAUACAAGUUCAACCUCUAUGGAAUCUCUGGGCACAAACGCUCCACCCCUCUCUCCACUGAUGCCACCACAGCUCAAACCCCAGAGGAGCCAAUUCCUGUCCAACCCGGUCUAGGGGAGUUUUCCGUCCUUGAUGUCACAACUGAUUCUGUCCAUCUCUAUUGGACUGUCUCCACUGGGAGUUUUGACUCCUUCCUGGUCCAGUACAAGGAUGCAGAUGGCCAACCUCAAGCGUUGCCUGUGGAGGGAGACUCCCGUGAAGUCACUGUGACCAACCUGACUCCUUCACGCAGAUACAAGUUCAACCUCUAUGGAGUCUCUGGACACAAACGCUCCAAGCCACUCUCCACUGAUGCCACCACAGGUCAAGUCUCAGUGGAGCCAAUUCCUGUCCAACCCAGUCUAGGAGAUUUCUCAGUCCUUGAUGUCACGAGUGAUUCUGUCCGACUCCAUUGGACUGUCCCCACUGGGAACUUUGAUUCCUUCCUGAUCCAGUACAAGGAUGCAGAGGGACAACCCCAAGCGUUGCCUGUAGAGGGAGACUCCCGUGAAGUCACAGUGACCAACCUGGCUCCUUCUCGUAGAUACAAGUUCAACCUCUAUGGAGUCUCUGGACACAAGCGCUCCGGGCCCCUUUCCACUGAUGCCACAACAGAGCCCGGGAACGCAGCUUCUUUCCAACCCCACCUGGGAGAACUGUCAGUGCUUGAUGCCACAAGCAAUUCUGUCCGACUCCAUUGGACUGUUUCUACAGGGAGCUUUGACUCCUUCCUGAUCCAGUACAAGGAUGCUGAUGGCCAGCCCCAAGCCCUGCCUGUGGAGGGAGACUCCCGUGAAGUCACUCUGACCAACCUAGUUCCUUCGCGCAGAUACAAAUUCAAUCUCUAUGGAGUCUCAGGGCGCAAACGCUCCAACCCUAUCUCUACUUUUGCCACGACAGUUCCCUUGGUAGAGGAAUCAGUCCCUAUCCAACCAAGCCUAGGAGACUUCACAGUUCUUGAUGUCACAAGUGAUUCUGUCCAUCUCCAUUGGGCUGUCCCCACCGGGAGCUUUGAUUCCUUCCUCAUCCAGUACAAGGAUGCAGAUGGCCAACUCCAAGCAUUGCCUGUGGAGGGAGACUCCCGUGAAGUCACUGUGUCCAACCUGACUCCUUCACACAGAUACAAGUUCAACCUCUAUGGAAUCUCUGGGCGGAAGCGUUCCAGUCCUCUCUCCAUCGAUGCCACCACAGCCCACCUUACAAUCAUAGAAGAUCCAAUUCUUGUGCAACCCAGCCUUAGACACUUCUCUGUACUUGAUGUCACAAGUGAUUCCGUCCAUCUCCAUUGGGCUGUCCCCACCGGGAGCUUUGAUUCCUUCCUCAUCCAGUACAAGGAUGCAGAUGGCCAACUCCAAGCAUUGCCUGUGGAGGGAGACUCCCGUGAAGUCACUGUGUCCAACCUGACUCCUUCACGCAGAUACAAGUUCAACCUCUAUGGAAUUACUGGGCGCAAACGCUCCAGCCCACUCUCCACAGAUGCCACCACAGCCCACCUUACAAUCACAGAAGAUCCAAUUCCUGUGCAACCCAGCCUUAGAGAGUUCUCAGUCCUUGAUGUCACAAGUGAUUCCGUCCAUCUCCAUUGGGCUGUCCCCACCGGGAGCUUUGAUUCCUUCCUCAUCCAGUACAAGGAUGCAGAUGGCCAACUCCAAGCCCUGCCUGUGGAGGGAGACUCCCGUGAAGUCACUGUGUCCAACCUGACUCCUUCACGCAGAUACAAGUUCAACCUCUAUGGAAUUACUGGGCGCAAACGCUCCAGCCCUCUCUCCACGGAUGCCACCACAGCCCACCUUACAAUCAUAGAAGAUCCAAUUCCUGUCCAACCCAGUCUAGGAGAUUUCUCAGUCCUUGAUGUUACCAGUGAUUCUGUCCAUCUCCAUUGGGCCGUCCCGACUGGGAACUUUGAUUCCUUCCUCAUCCAGUACAAGGAUGCAGAUGGCCAACCCCAAGCGUUGCCUGUGGAGGGAGACUCCCGUGAAGUCACUGUGACCAACCUGGUUCCUUCACGCAGAUACAAGUUCAACCUCUAUGGAAUUUCCGGGCGCAAACGCUCCAGCCCUCUCUCCACGGAUGCCACCACAGUGUUAAAGGAGGCUAUUGAUGUCCAACCCAACCUAGGAGAACUGUCAGUCCUGGAUGUCACAAACAAUUCUGUUCGUCUCCAUUGGACCGUCCUGACUGGGAGCUUUGAUUCCUUCCUAGUCCAGUACAAGGAUGCAGAUGGCCAACCACAAGCGUUGCCUGUGGAGGGAGACUCCAAUGAAGUCACUGUGACCAACCUGGUUCCUUCACGCAGAUACAAGUUCAACCUCUAUGGAAUCUCUGGGCGCAAACGCUCCAGGCCCCUCUCCACUGAUGCCACCACAGAGGAGACCAUUUCUAUCCAACCCAGCCUGGGGGAGUUCUCGGUCCUGGAUGUCACAAGCAAUUCUGUCCAUCUCUACUGGACCGUCCCCACAGGAAACUUCGACUCCUUCCUCGUUCAGUACAAGGAUGCAGAUGGCCAACCCCAAGCGUUGCCUGUGGAGGGAGACUCCAAUGAAGUCACUGUGACCAACCUGGUUCCUUCACGCAGAUACAAGUUCAACCUCUAUGGAAUCUCUGGGCGCAAACGCUCCAGGCCCCUCUCCACUGAUGCCACCACAGAGAAGGUGUUGGGAUUCCAGAUGUUUGUUGAGAUGAAGAACCCCAUCUUAGAAAAAGAAAAUAGCUUUAUCAAGCUCUUCUGGGAAAGUGCCUUUGAAUGUUCCUUCUCCAUUUCUAUUAUGAAUGAUGAAAAUGAGGUUCCCUGCACUGGAAAGGAGAAACUGGAAGCUCUUCCUACAUCUGUGUUUGAAAUGGACAUGACUAGCUAUAGUUACAACAUCUACAAUGCCAUAUAA